GUAAUUGUUUAUCAUCAAUAAAGUGUCAAUUAAAAUAUCUAGGAUAUUAUAUCCACCAUAAAUCAUUUGAUUAUUUUAUCCAAUCUCACCACUGUGUCAGUUAUACCUAUGUUGGCAGGUUCUGUAUUGUAAUUGUGCAAAGUUAAGUCGCUUUUCUCAUUAGUUAGUUUUCUCACACAGACGAACAUUCUGUGUCUUCCACCUAGGACUGGAACGUUCUCAAAUACGAAGUUUUUACACUAAUCCGUUUUUGUUUUUAUUUCAAUUUUGUCACCAUUUAUUUUGUAUUUGUUUUCGCGUUCGAAUAAAAUAAAUUAAUAUGGGAAUUAGAGGUUUAGAGAAAUUCAUUACUUCUGGACAAAAUGAGUUUCAAAAGAAAAUCAACAUUUAUGACGAAGUCCAAAAAUGGCGUCGACAACACAAAAAUCGUAAUCCGACCGUAAUUAUUGAUCUGAAAGAGUUGAAUCGAGUUCUCGGAGAUCGCAACAAUCGACAACAAUCAUUCGAACGUGCGAUAUCUCUUGGUGGACUAUAUGGAAUUUUCAACGAAAACUUGGAUCAGUUUUUUAAAAAGAUUUAUUGUUUAUCGACAUUGAACAGCCGUCGGGACCGUUUUUCAUAGAUUUGGUAAUCGAUGUAACAUUGAAGAUGAUUGGCAUAGUAUUCAAAGAUGUCGAUAUAGAUCUACAGCCACUAACCCGAACGGUGAAAUUCAAGCUCGUUGCGAAUGAGCCAGCCGUUGCAAUGGAAAAGGAUAUACUUUAUCCAACAAUGGAAUUAUCACCUGUCGAGAAUUUGAUUUGCAAUGAAAACGACCCGACAUUCGAUGAAGAGCGCUGGUCGCUUCUACGAUGGUUGCUUAGUCUCAACAAAGACAUAGUCGCAAAGAUUAUGACAUCAGAUGAAACCAAAUUCAUCAAAAUUGUUUCGUUGACGACCGAAUUCUUACUGAAGCAUCGAAUUAUCUCAGCCGAAGAAGCUGAAGUUAUUCUUCAAGUGGAGUUAAAUUGUCAAACGAAGAGAUCCUCUGUUCGGCGAAUUCAUCGACCACCGGUAAUGCCAAGAUUUGCUGGUGCAAUAGAAAAAUCAUGGGUUCAAAUUUGCCAUAAAUACACCAUCAGCUUUGAGCUGGUUUGCCACUGCCUAGAGUUAUGUGGCAUGCGCCAACAUACCGAACUCAUACAGUUCGAUGCUUUUGAAUUCCACAAUCGUAUGCGGAGCAUGUAAGCGGAUACACAUCAUAGUGUACUCAACAUUUUCGGACAAAAUGAUAACAAAUACUUUAAGACAGAAGCAUAAUCGAAGUGAUAAAAUAAGUUAUCGACUGAAGCCAUUCAAAAACGAAAAUCGAUGGAAUUUUUAAGUCCAUUUGAUGUUAAUUAAAAAUUUAAUAAUAUUUCAAAACAAACUGCCGCCAUCCCUUUUCGAAGUGAAAUAUUUGAUAAUAUUGAAAUAAGGCGCAUUUGUAUCCAUAUUAUUA